AUGGCAAGUUCUACCCAUAAUCCUGCGGUUCUGUUGAAAAGAAUCCUUUCUCUAUCAGAAGCAACUCCAUUACUUCUAUGUCUGGAUAGCAUUCCUCAAACUGCAAACUAUCUUAUCAACGAGAUAGUACACCAUUCAAGGAAUACUCUUAAUUUGGAAACCAUCUUCGUGGCUUUCGAAACUUUAAACAAGCCAUCAUACGCUACACAUUUUAUAGAUAUAAAUGAAGUAAGUGGUGGUCUACCUAAACUCAUUGAAACAUUACAAUCAUAUUUACCAUCUCCUCAACAAAAGCAUUCCAACAAACGCUUGGUCAUAAUAGAUUCCUUGAACUAUAUCCCUAAUGAUAAACUUGCACAGUUUAUUUCAGCAGUAGCUUCACCACAUUGUACCCUAGUGGGUGUCUACCAUAAGGAUACCCCAGAAGUUGAUAUCCCUGCAUUAGAUAACUACCCAUCAUCAUUAGAACUAUUACAAUUCAUGGCUACGACGAUAUUAAAUAUUACACCCGCAUUACCAUCACGAAUCGAUGAAGAAUCUUUAAAAUACGAAUUAGAGAAAUAUUCUAUUCCUCGUGGUUUAAAUAAUCCAAUUUUCAACUUGAAAUUAAUUAAUAGAAGAAGAUCAGGUAGAUCAUUAUCUUACGAUUUCCAAAUCGAUACAAAUAAACAUCUAUAUGAACAUGUAAUUAACAAUCCAGAGGAACAAGAAAAUGAAAUUGAAACUCCUGAAAUGUUACAAGGAUUGACAACUUUCAAUCUUUCCACCUCUACAAAGCAAAAGAUGGCUAAGGACCAAGUUGCAUUACCAUUCUUGGAAGCACAAGGUUUGGAAUCACAUGGUGGGGCUAUCGUUUAUGAAUACGAGAAGGAUGAUGAUUACGAUGAAGAAGAUCCUUACGAAGAUCCAUUUUAA